AUGGAGUCCAUCAAAAACAGCACCACAAGCGUGUCUGCCGUCCAUGGCUAUGGCGUCGUUUCGUUCCGCACCUUCUCCGCCACUGCCUCGGUCGACUCCCCGACCGCCAAGGCCGCCGAGCUCGACGGACUGCGCUGUGUCGAGGCCCGUUUGCGUGAGGCAAGGCGACUGGUGUACGUCGAUAGGCUCAAGCAAUUGUUGUGGCUUUUUGAGCCUGGCACCAAUCCACCAGCACUGGAUCAUGGCUCUCUGCAGAGUCAACAGCUGAACGGCCUCCAGUUGGCUGCUCAAUCAGAAGGCGAGCUCAAAGCCGCUGAACUCGCAAGGUUCACCAAUCGCCCACCAGCCUCCCAGUCAGGGCUCCAGCACGCUUCUGCUGCCAGCAAUACCCGUGCUCUCCAAGCUGCCAACGCCCGUGCCUUUCAAGGAAACCAGCAUGCCGGUGGUGCAUCGGCUAACGGCACCGAUGCAUCUCGCCAGCAUGAUGCACUUUCUGUCUACGAAUCUUUCAUGUCCGCUGUCAUUGGUUCUAUUUCCUACAACCUGUCUCGCUUCCAUCAUAUGAUACCCCUGAACUAUCGUACUUUUGUUUCUUAUUCCAGAACCGCGAACCCGGCCGACAGGUCUGACGACGACGAUGACGACUCAGCCGUGCUCGGAGGACUUGGCUGCCUCCUCACCACCUUAGACGCACAUUUGUCCACGGCCGGGACCUUGGUAAUUUCUACUUCCGUCUCAACCACCAACAAUGUCUACCAACUUGAGAAAAUCCUCACCUUGUACGAUGUCCAUGAUGACUUCCUGGGCGAGCUUGUUCGAAUCGCUCCUUGUGGCAUUAUUGCCAGAUAUGUUGGCCAUGAGACGUCUGCUGUCGGUAGUGAACACCAUGGCUUAGGUACAACAAGACGGUCGAGGGCAACCCAGCAGUGGAAAACGGAUACUUUGCGAUGGCUCCGUAUGAAAGGCCUUGUCCUACCAGAUAUGCAUGAGGAAGGAAAAUGGGUGCGCAUCCAACUUCAGCCUAGUCAGCAGGCACCGAAAGAUUUGAACGAUCCCUCUACCUCUCUUUGCCGCGAAUGUCUCUGGCCCGCUUCUCUUUGCUUCUUCUACAGUGCUGGAGGAGGCGGCGGGGACUUGGAAUCUCUCGAAGAGCUCCGUCCGGCCGGACAACAGGACGACCAGGACCCCGGGGUGGCGUGGUGGCAAGGACCUGGGAGAAGCGGGUUUGCGGACCCCUUGUGGCAAGCGUACAACUGGUUUUUGGGUAAACCGGAGCGGAACAAGGCGAUUGAAGCGCGUAAAAAGGCACGUCAAGCACAGGAAGACAACCCACCGCCAGUCGCCGAGCCUACGAUGGCAUAUCCUUCAUCUCCCCUCUACUCCCGGGGCUCAGCAUAUGGGGACUUGCAGGGUGCCAGUGGAGUAUACCCAACACCACCGGAUGCGGUUUUACCUCCCGGUGCUGGUGGACAUACGACUAUGGAUGGUAUUGUCAUGGGGCCAACGACCCAGGAUUCUCAGAGUCACGCGGGGCAAACAAGUGCUGGCGGUGAUAACUUCACGCAGCAAGAAAACACGGGAGCGGCUGAUGCUACACCUGGAGAGCACAUUGACCCAACGAGGGCAGCAGACACACCCGCCGGUGGGGCCGCCGAUGGUGACGAUAACGACGACCUUUUUGAGGACAUGGAUGAAGAGAUGUUUGGCGCAAAUGAUGUUACGGAAGCCGACUUCAAUUUCUUUGACGAUGGAGACGGCGGGUUCGGGGACCUCAUGGACGUAUCCCAGCCAGCAACAUUUGAAGAGCAAAAGCAGAACAGUAGCCCCGCAAAUACCAGGUUCGAAGGCGUAUCGCCAAUGAUCCACGUGGUAGACGCAGAGCAGACCGAACUCGAGCCCUCAACACUCAAAUCAGAGAUUGCUACUACGCCUGCCCCACCUGAAAUCGACGUCCAAAUGACUGAGAUGGAGGAACAACCCAAAGCCGAAGACACACCCCCUGAUCAAGGAUUCGAAACGAAUGAGGCUAAGAACGAGGCUCCAGAGGAGACUGCGAUCAUUCGAGAACCUAGCCCACCACUCAGUCCAGCGCGGAUCAAUGAAAAACUGUUCGGAUCCCCUCACAUCGGUGAAGCGGAAACAAAAGUCCAUGAUUUUGCCAAGCCGAAGGCGGAGGGUGGUGCACUGUUCGACACGGUAGACUUCAGUCAGAGGAUGCAACUCGCGGAUUCCAAGUAUGCCGCUGGUGGUCAAUUCUUCUUUUCUGGAAAGGACCGCGAUCCAAGUGCGCGUGCACACUCUGGACAGCUUUCACGCCCGACCUCUUCAGCACACUCAGCCACUUUGGAAAGGGCCUCAGACCUCAUCCGAAGUAUCGUCGCUCCGAAGCGCACAAGCGACGACUCAUACAUGAAGGAUGGCGUCUCCGAGGACAGCGACACUUACAGCGAUGUGUCCGUCAGCACGGGCUCUUACGAUGAAGAUACGGGUUCCACAAUGCUUCAGGACUCUGGUUUACUGGUGCCAAGUCAAAGAAAACUGGGUUCUUCGACCGCUGGGACUCCGGUGGUUGGUACGCCCGGCACGCUGCAACUUGACUCGGGUAGUCAGGUUGGUGAUGGUGAUAAUUUCGUGCCUGAGUUGCCGCCACUUUCAUCCCUCGAGCCGACUCCAUCCGACUGGUCUCUGGCUGGUCUGCCCCCACCGAUGAUCAAGGUCAGACGUCGAUACGGGGCGGACCCCAGGUCGCGGAGGGGAUCAUUCUCACUCGCUUCAGCAGCUUCGACGCCUUCCUCGGAUGGCCGUUCAGAAGCUGUCGCGGACGCACCCGCGCUCAACUUGAAAGAGAUUAUCAACAUUACUCAAAUGCUUGCAGACCAGAUCAUCCACAGCACGCUGGAUUUGAUUAUAGAAGAAGGGGAAUCAAAUCAAGUCUGCUCAAGAAACCAAAUUGGCUGGCCUCGCAUGCUUGCACCGAUUCAAACGGUCCAGAAUGCCGUCAGGGACCUCUUUCAACAGACCAACGAGUGUGACAUGGUUAAAUACGCAUCUAUUCAGGAUGUCAUGCCCGAGUCCGCCGCUGCGAAACAAGCCCAACAGAAAUCUGUGCAACGGCGAGCCACCACUGCGGAACCUCACGGAAACAUGUUCUUCUCCAUUUCAACGCCUCACAUCCGUCUCCGACGAGGGGAAGAUACGUGGGACGUACUUCCUCCGGCUCUCUCCUUUUGGGAGUCUCUCGGCCUUUCGCCUACAAGUGGCCCCAAGAAUGUCGUGGCUUAUUGCGUGUAUCCAUCCAGUGAUCAGCUGAGCGACCCCAUCACAAGCUUUCUCGAUAACAUCAGCAUGGCCUACGAAAGCAGCAAGUUCGGCACGCACGUCCGUGGUCCUGACAUCGAGCAUCUGUCCACCGGUGGCCUGGUGUCUGCCCCGAUCAACACUCACGAGAGCGAUCACUGGAAACCAACCACUCAAAGUUGCCUUCAGUCUGUCCGCGAUACUUGCUCGUCUCUGGGGAGACACCUUUCGAGAAUAGACUUCAAGAAGGUUACUAAGCCUGAAGACUCCUCUCAACCGGAUGCAGUGGUUGUAUAUCUCAUCAAUCCCUUCUCUGAUCCGCACAAUCUCUGGCAGCUCUGCUCCGCCUUUUGGGCUUUGUUCCAGGCGUAUCUCCCUUCGCCUUCUAGCCGAGUAUUGGAUGAGUCGAGACCCGAGCUGGUCCUCCAGCUGGUUCCUGUUAAAUGCAUAGCGUCUUUUGAGGCACCUGUAGUCCUCGAUCCGAGUCUUCUGGCGAGACUCGCCCGUGAAGUCUAUGAUAGAUGCCCCCCGAAGGAGCCCAGCACUGACCACACCACGCUCAGCAUCUACUCAGCGCCUUCCAUCCAGCUUGAGGAGACUCUUCCAAAGUCAAUUCCUUUCAGGUUGACGGCGGAGCCUCCCUCAGACCUGCUUCACGAAAAUUCCUAUAUUCACGUGGCUUAUGCGGUAAGCGUGGACGGCUCUUGGCUCACAGCGGCUUGGACAGAUAACCCAGGGAAGCAUCAAGCUACUGCUUCGUACUGUCUGAACAAUCGGACUUUCGUUGAGGUUGCGCGUGAGAUCCACCAGACAUCACUGGAGAUCAUGUCGGCUCGACGAGUAACCUGGAGACUCUGUAUCGCAAGGGCUGGCGUGAUGGAGCGCGACGAGCAGGACGCAUGGCAAGGACUCGUAACGAGUCAGUGCCCACUCGUGAUUGGAACCGCGUUGAUCUCGGUCGACCCCAACCCGCCAUUCUCUAUAACAUCGAGCCUACCAACCCUCGCAUCAGUUGCGAACCAGAACUCGGGCACCGCAGGCGUCUCAACGCCAGGAGGGAGCACGCCACAGCCUGGUGUCUCCCCAGACGCCCACGGCUUCACGCCCGCCGCAACCCCGUCCGACAGCAACACCAGCGCCCCGCCAGCGGCGGACCCGUCCAACGACCAGGACGCCCGCCUCGUCGAUGUAACGGAUGAGUCGUGGGGCGUCAUCCUCCAACACCGCCUCCACAAUUCCAACUCCACCACCGAGUUCCGGCCUGCCCUGGCGAGCGGCUACCUAGUCAAACGAGGCGCCGACGGGAACACCACAGACACCAGCGGGGGUGGCAGCAGGACGGACCACCCAGAGCCCCCGCCCCGCGGGCCCAUCGCCGUCGGCGUCAACCUCCUCUGGAUCGGCAGCACUCCCGGCGGCCACCAACCCCAGCGCACCGCCGCCGCCGCCGCUCAGGCAGCAGCUGCGGCAGCGGCCGCGGCCGCGGCUGCGGCUGCCCAGCACCCACACCACGUUUCCCCCACCCCGCACAACCCGAACAUCAGCAUCCCACUGCAGCACCUCGAAGCCACCGCGGCCGCAGCCGGCGGCAACAACAACAACAACAACUCCAACCCCAACUCCAACGGGAACGGCGCUGCUGCUUCCGCCGCCGCGGGCACCACCGGCGGCGGCGGCAACGCAAGCGGCGCCGCCAGCGCUCUCCCUUCUCCCGGCGCCGGCGCCGCGUCCGGGCCGGGCGGAGUCAUCGUCGGCGGCGGCGUCGGCGGCAGCCCGUUCGCGGCCAACCAGGCGCGCACGACGUACGACACGGUGCUGAAGGAGUUUUUGAUCACGUACAGGGGGCUGGGCCUGCUGGCGCGGCUGAAGGGCAUGCGGGGCACGCGGGGCGGGGCGGUGCCGUGGCACGUGGCGGCGGCCAUGAGGGGGGUGGAGGCGUUUGAGCGGUGUUUGUAG